AUGCUCGUGCUUGGAGCUUUGGGCGCUGGCAGCCGCGCUUGCCACGCCCUGGACAAGUCGGCGGAGAGAGUGGCCGAGUGGAGUGGUGGCGGCCAUGGCAAGGACGAGGCGGAUGCUGCUGGCGUUGAUGAUGGUCUGGAGCUGGCGGUGCGGGCGGUCAACAUGACUCGUGAUGUGGUCAUCGACGGCAUUGGCUUCCUCGACCUGGCCGUCAACGAUAACAACCUCGAUGCUCUUCUCGUUGCCGCAUCGCUGAGACUCAAGGCGCUGCAGCGGGCGGCGGCCGACAUGCAGGACCUUGUGGCAGACAUCACAGACAUGUUUGCCGCAAGAAGCGAGGAAGAGAAGGAGAAGGGCAAGGAGAAGGAGAAGCGGCGGAAGGAGAAGCCCGAGGCGGGCGGGUCUGAUGGCGCUGAUGCUGCAGGCCGCCGCAACUCGGACGACGUCGUGGUCCAUCCUCUCGAUUCAGUCCUGGUAUCGGCAUCGGGAAGAGAGGGCACGUCGAAAGAGUCGCCGCAGCCCGGCGCCACUGCCACCGGUUCCACUGCGACUGGUGGCGAUGGCGCGACGACGCCGACCGAUCCGGCUGAGCGUGUUGCGGGCAAGAGCUCGUCCGAGGCUGAAGCCACAGGCAAGACUAAGAGUAGUGACGAUGGCGUUGUCGACAAGUUUGGCGAGCUGGUCGACGAUACCCUCGACCAUGUCCGCGACGAGGUGGACAAGCUCGAGUCCGAGGCCGAGGACGUGUACAAAAAGUCCAAGGGCGCCGGCGCCGAGCUCGAGACCCUGGUGGUGCUGGAGGAGGUCGACGAGGAGACAGACACGGUGGCGGUGGUGCCGUCGGCUGGGGUGCCGGCGCCGGUCUCGGGCUCGCGGACCAAGACCGAUGACACUGCCAGAGCCGCACGGCCGGGAUCGGGCCCGGGCCCGGGCUCGGGCUUGGGCCCGGGCUCGGAAAAAAGCACAAGCGAGCCGGCCCGGCUUUCGCGCAAAUCGACUGCACUGACGCUUGUCGACUCGGACAACAAUGUGUACGGCAUCGUCAAGUCGCGCGACGUCUCGGUCCUGCACGUCAACCGACGGUUGGUACGUGACAUCGGGCUCACCAUUGCGGUCGGGUAUGUCGGCGGCGGCCUGGCGCAGACUCUGCGCCUCCCACGAGUUCUUGGCUCCAUCGGUGCCGGCGUUGUCCUCGGCACCUCGAUCCUGGACACUAUUGACAACGUUGUGCUCAUCCGAACGCUGGGUGAGCUCGGCGUCAUCGUCGCCGUCUUUCUGUUGGGGCGCAAUCUAACGUCACGCGACGCGAGGCACGAAGCCCGCAAGGGUGCCAUGGCCUCGGAGACCUUGGUUGUCGUCGACCGCAUCCUCCUCACCCAAGCCGCCGGCAUCAACAUCCUGCUCCAGCUCGGCCUCAUGGCGGUGUGCGGAUCGGUGGCCCAGAUGCUGGGACGCUCGGCCGGCGAGGCCGCCUUCAUCGCCCUCACCCUCUCGCUCUCGGCCACGCACCUCGUUCUCUCAACGCUGACCGUCAAGGAGCGCGAGACCUCGUUUGGGCUCGGUAUCUCGGCGGUGCAGACCGUGCAAACCAGUUUCACCGCCGUUGUCCUCUCGCUCAUUCCGCAUGCAGAAAAGUACCUGUUCAACGAGUUUGAUCCGCUGGCCGGCGUCGGCGCGCUCUCGGUCUCACUCCUUGCGCUUGUGGGCGGCCUCUCGGCCGCCGCGCUUCCGCUGAGGUACAUCCUGCCGCGUGCUCACGCAGUAGCCUCGCUUACCGUCCUCUCGGCGUACGCGCUCGCCGCAGCCUGCCUCGCCGACACGGUCGGCCUCGCGCCGGAGCUCGGCACCUUUGUGGCCGGCUGUCUCUCCGGUCUGGUCCGUCUCGGUGGCGCCGGUGCCGUCGGCGACAUCGAGGCCCUCCACCGGUUCUUCCUGCACGCGCAACUCUUUCUCUCCGAAUCGCUCCUACUCCUCAUCACCACCGCUGCACUCGUCCUUGUCAAGAUGAUCCUUGCCAGUGGGGCGGUGUACAUGGUGACUGGCACCGACGCCGCCAUGGCCUCGCUCACCGGCCUAGCCCUCGCGCAGGUCUCGGAAUAUGCGCUUGUCCUCCUCUCGCGCGCCCGGGCCCGCCGCCUCAUCUCGCGCGAGCUGCAUCUUGUUGUCAUCGGCGUCACCAUCUGCUCGCAGCUCGUUGUCCCCCUCCUGUGGAACGUAGUUGGAUCGGACUGGCUCGACGGGCAGGGGGGCUCGCAGUGUGGCGCGAGGACGGAGGAGGCGGCCCGGAGUGGCAAGGCCAAGCUGACGGCCAUGGAGGAAUUUGUGGGGGGAUGGGUGGGCGGACUGGCGCGGAUUCCUGUGGGACACAUUCUCGACACGGUCAAGGUCAAUCAGAGCACAAAUCCGGGCAAGUACACCUCGAUGGUCCACUGCUUUCGCUCGCUCGUCGCCGAACAUGGCUUUCUUGGCCUCUACAAGGGUGUCCAGUCGCCAGCUCUGGGCAUGGCCGCCCUCAAUGGGACCUUGUACUUUUCGCUGGCCCAGGGCAAGGCCAUUGCCCGAUGGCUGGAUACGAGCGAGAGCGACAGAGCCGGAGACGCUGACGGUCCGCGCGAGGCCACCGAUCUGUCCAAGGCCCAGCUGGUGGUGGCUGGGGCCUUUGCCGGCGCAUGCACCUCGCUCGUCGAGGGCCCUGUCGAUUUGAUCAAGACCCAGCUUCAGCUCCGCCAUGCCGAGUACUCAUCGGUCUUUCACUGCGCGCGAGUCCUGGUCGAGACCAACGGGCUCCGCGGCAUGUUCCAGGGGCUUGGCCCGACUCUUGUCCGCAACACGUUUGGCUACAUCCUGUUCUUUGAAGGCUACGAGGCGACAUGCCACGCGUUCCGCUCGGUCCUUGACUACGGCCCGCAUGACGAUCUCCCUGUCUGGCAGGUCCUCACAGCCGGCUGGGUCGCCGGCACUCUGUUCUGGGGCGUGCCGUACCCCGCCGACCACAUCAAGACCCGGAUGCAGGGCGAUACCCCGGUCCGCGCCAUCCGCGCCUUCCCCACCAUCGCCGCCACUCUCCGCCACGUCCUCGCCACCGAAGGUCUCCGCGGCCUCUACCGCGGCUUUGUCCCCUGCAUCGUUCGUGCCGGUCCAGCCAACGCCUGUGCCUGGGCCGGCUACGAGUACACCGUCCGUCUCUUUGGCUAUCUCCGCAGCGAUGACGACGACGACCCUCUCCUGUACCGCGACUAA